CGCAGUUUGUCUGCCAUGUACCUUAGCUGGACCUCCCGGAGUUAGCGGGUGGAAAGUACUUUGGAGAAUAGAUAGGAACGAUGAUAAUGGACUGGCAUACCCAAGUUUUUUUGGCUAUACACACUACUGAUAGAUGAUAAUGGUCACCUACCUAGCGGAUCGCGGGUUGACAUGGCCCCGUCGAAGCUCAGAUGCCUCGCCUUCCGACUAUAGGAAGAGGACUGCGAAAUCAAUAUGUACCCCGUAUCCGUAGAUCAUCUCGGCCCUACAAAGAACCGCUUUUUCCGAUCGGCAAGACUGUUGCUGCCGAGACGGACUGAUCGGAAUGCAGCAUCGACGUCACGGAGCACGAAAUACGCAAAUUCAUCCCGGCAUACGCGGCCGAAAGCAAUCUUCCACCCAGCUCAAGCCAGGUCCAGGUCUCUUCAGAUUGCGUACCGUCUCAAUUCAAUGCAGCCGGCACGGAGGCUUUUCAGACCGAGCGUAUUCGUCUGCCGGAGGUGCUGUUUUACACAGCAGGGACCUCGGGCCCAAGCAGCUCAGCAGCAGCACCACACCCGCCGCGCCUUCUCCGGCUCCGUGACCCGCCAUGCCGCUCCCACGGCGCCGUCCCGGUCCGGCCUCGCAUCGCUCACGUCGCGCAAGCUAAUUUCCAUCUCGGGCCCGGAUGCAGCAAAAUAUCUGCAGGGCGUGAUCACGGCCAACGUCUUCACCAGCGGCUCCGACCAGCACGUGCGCACCGAUGCGGGCUUCUACGCCGCCUUCCUGACCGCCCAGGGCCGCAUCCUGCACGACGUCUUUGUCUACCCGGAUGUUCGGAAGGACCCCCGCAGUAGCUUCCUCAUCGAAGUGGACGCUUCCGAGGCGGAGCGCUUGCAGAAGCACAUCAAGCGCUACAAGCUGCGCGCCAAGUUUGACGUGCGCGUGCUGGACGAGGCCGAGGGUAGCGUAUGGCACGCAUGGGACGAUGACGCCAGCAACAGCAAUACCCUCACCGCCACUACCACCACCAGCAACAGCAACAGCACCCACAACCCGGCCGUAAUCAUCAUGCAAGACACCCGCGCUCCGGGCCUGGGCCAUCGCAUCAUCAACCUGUCCCCCUCACAGAAUCCCUCCCCAGAUCUGCCUGGCCUUUCUCUCCUCCCCCCCCAAGUCCCCGAAGAAAGCUACCUCCUCCGACGCUACCUCUUUGGCGUGCCCGAGGGCCAAGCCGAGCUGCUCCGCGAGCAGGCGCUGCCACACGAGAGCAACGUCGACGUGAUGGGCGGCGUCGACUUCCGCAAGGGGUGCUACGUCGGCCAGGAGCUGACCAUCCGGACCGAGCACCGCGGCGUGGUGCGCAAGCGCGUCCUGCCCUGUCUUUUGUACGGCGGCGACGGCGACGGCGGGCCGCCCGACCGGUUGGAGUACCGCCCCGCCCCCGCCACGGGCAACAACAACGAGGUGACGGCCGAGAUGGUACCCUGCGAGGCGAGCAUCGGGCGGGUGGGGAAAAAGGGGCGGAGUGCUGGCAAGUGGUUGAAGGGCGUCGGGAAUUUGGGGCUAGCGCUGUGUAGGUUGGAGAUUAUGACUGAUCUUGUGCUGCCUGGGGAGCCGGGAGGAACGGGCUUUGAUGCCGGCGAUGAGUUUGUCGUAGCGCUAGGGGAUGGAGAAGGGGAAGGGAAGCGGCGGGAGGUUAAGGUGAAGGCGUUUGUGCCUGACUGGUUGAGGGCAAGGUUGAGAGACAAGGAGGGCUCUCAUUGAGCGACGCGCUUUCCAGGCCCAACUUGCCGUUGACCCCCGUGAAGUGCGACUUGUGCUGCGUGUACAAAUAUUUUGCGUAAUACACCGUCGGGACUUCAUGCCUAUUCUCUGAGAUGCGAUAGGCAUCUUCAUGAUGACAAUUCGGGGACUGACUGAGAAGCCUAACUCAUUGUGUGUCCAACUAUUUAUCUUGUAUGCAUCUUGGCCGGGAAACUGAUCCUCUAUUGCCGUCCCCCCUUAGAUGCCAUAAUGACUACUGUGUAAUGAAGCUGGCUUCUCA